AUGCCUAACGCGCUUGGUGACAGUAGCAGUAAACUGCCGAGUUUCCUUUCCACCGGCAACUUCACCAGCAAUGCUUCAUUUACAACCAAGGAAGAACACCAUAACACCACUUCGAAAGGAACACCACACUCAGCGGCAAAAGAAAGCCCCAAGCCCUGGGUAUCGCAGCGAUGUACGGAUCAGGCACGCCCGCUUAAGGUCAUCUACAUUGGUGCCGGGAUUUCUGGCAUCUGCGGUGCCAUUGAGUUCAGAAAGCAAGUCCCUAAUCUAGAGCUUGUCAUCUAUGAGAAGAACCCUGAGCUCGGCGGGACAUGGUAUGAGAAUAGAUAUCCUGGCUGUGCCUGUGAUGUACCCGCACACGCAUACCAGUUGACCUCCGAGUCUUCCCCGCGAUGGACUUCCUUCUUUGCCUCUGCGCCUGAGAUCCUUCAGUACUGGAAAGAUGUUGCCACUAAAUAUGACAUCAGGAAGCACAUGAGAUUCCAGCAGAAGUGUACCGGUGCUCGGUGGAGCGAGACCACCAAUAAGUGGUUUGUCCAGCUCAAAGACUUGACGACAGGUCUCGAGUAUGAAGACUCCGCUGAUGUACUUGUUACUGGCGAAGGCGUUUUGAAUGAGUGGAGAUGGCCUGAUAUCAACGGCAUCAAGUCUUUCAAAGGACAGCUGCUUCAUAGUGCGAAUUGGGACCCUCAAGUUGAUCUACAGGAUAAGUCUGUCGCUGUUAUUGGAAACGGGAGCAGUGGACUCCAGAUUGUCCCUGCAAUAUUACCUGAUGUCAAGCAUAUGGAUCACUACAUACGCGGUAGGUCCUGGAUUGUUGGUCUCUUCGGAGAUCCGGAGACCAGACAGCGCAUUAUAGAAGCAGGUGGCAACUUCAAGUAUUCCCCAGACGAGAUUCAAAACUGGGAGACGGAUCGAGAGGCCUAUUUGAAGUACAGACGCUCCAUCGAGCACAACAUCAACAAGAACUUUGGUGUUCUCUUCAGCGGGACCUUAGAACAGACCAACCUUCGGCUUCUAGCUCAAGAGUCCAUGAUCCAAAGACUCAAGGAGAGACCUGAUAUCUAUGAGCACCUUCAACCUGACUUCUCGCCUUAUUGCAAACGUAUGUCACCCGGCCCAGGUUACCUCGAAGCGCUGGCAUCUCCCAAGGUUGAUACCAUCACUUCUGGCAUUACCAAAAUUGACGAGACUGGAAUAUUCACUGCGGAUGGCCAACAUCAUCCAGUUGAUGUGAUCAUCUGCGCGACUGGCUUCCAAACCUCACCCGCCAGCCGAAGCUUUCCCAUUUAUGGUGUUGGUGGAGUCAACCUACGAGAGCGCUUCCAAAAACGCCCGGAGACAUACCUAAGCGUCUGUACAGAUGGCUUUCCCAACUUCUUCCAAUCCAUGGGUCCUAAUUCGAUGCCCGGCGCUGGCAGUCUCCUACUCGUGAUUGAGAAGACAAAUACCUACAUUGCCAAGAUUGUAGCUCGAAUGGCGUACGAUAACAUCGCGCGUAUCGAGCCAAAGCAAAAUAUGGUUCAAGCAUUUACCGAUUACUGUGAUAACUUCUUCAAACAGACUGUUUUUGCAGAGGAGUGCAAUUCUUGGUACAAGACAUACGAGACCGGUGCUUCGCGUGAGGAGCAGAAGCGCGGACGGAUCACAGCAUUGUGGCCGGGCAGUAGUUUGCAUUGUGUGCGCACUUUGAGCCGUCCUCGUUGGGAAGAUUUUGAGUACAAGUAUUGUGAUGAUAAUGAGUUUGGGUGGUUCGGAAAUGGAUGGACAUUGGCGGAGAAGUUUGUUACCGACGAGUUGGAGUCCUUGACAUGGUAUCUGAAUGACACAAAUGUCAUGGAGAAGAUAGUGGCAUAG